AUGCAUUGGAUCAAGGAAGGUGACAAAUGCUCCAAAUUCUUUCAUUCUGCAGUUGCAGCCAAAAAUAAAAAUGACACUAUUAGAGUUAUUGUUGAUGAUCAAGGAAAUAGACUUGAAUAUUUUGAUGCAAUGGCUGAUGAAGUAAUAACCUUCUUCUCUAGCCUGAUUGGGACUGCUGAUCCUAGGGUCAAAGGCAGUGACCCUAUUCUCUUGAAAGAACUGUUACAAUUUUCAUUGCCUCUCGAAUCUUCUUCUAGCCUUGUCAAGGAUGUUACCACAGAGGAGAUAAAAGAAGCUAUUUUUGCCAAGGUAAUGACAAAGCCCUUGGCCCGGAUGGAUUCACCCCUUGUUUUUUUCAAAAAAUCCUGGUUCAUUCUUGGUGAUGAUGUGGUAGCUGCAGUUAAAUUUUUCUUCCAUCAGUCUUCUCUUCUGCUAGCUUUCAAUGCAACUACAAUUGCAUUGGUUCCUAAAAUUCCUAACCCUAGCAAGGUUAAAGACUUCAGGCCUAUCUCUUGCUGUUCAGUGGUUUAUAAGACUAUUACUAAGAUUUUAGUCAAAAGGCUGACUAGUAUUCUCCCAGGGAUGGAAUUGGUUAAAGGCUAUAGAAGGAAAUCCAUCUCUCCAAGGUGUUCUAUGAAGAUUGAUCUCCAAAAGGCAUUUGACUCUUUUCAUUGGGGAUUUAUUUCAAUAGUUCUGAAGGCUUUACAUCUCCCAAAUAGUAUUAUUGGAUGGAUUGAAGCAUGCUUCACUGAAGCUAGAUUCUCCAUUUCUUUUAAUGGGAGCUUGAUUGGAUUCUUCAAGGGAGCUAGGGGAAUAAGACAAGGAGACCCUCUUUCUCAUAUCUUAUUUGUUCUCGCUAUGAAUGUCCUCUCUAGAAUGCUUAAUAUGGUUGUUGCUAGAGAAAAUGUGGAAUCUAUUGUUGGAGUCAUUUCUGUUUUGGACUAUUUCUAUGAAAUUAAUCUUGGGAUUAUUAAGCAAAUCUAUGGUUUCAAUCAUGGUUGCUUGCCUUUGAGAUACUUAGGAGUUCCUUUAGUAACUAGGAAGCUCUCUGAAAAAGAUUGUGAGAUUCUUAUCGGUAAGAUUAAAUCAAGGCUCCUAUUACGGCAACUUAUCCUGCCGCAAUCUAUAAUUAACAAGAUUGAGCAACUUUGCUCACGGUUCUUCUGGAAAGGAUCAGACAAGGCUGCUUGUAGUGCGAGAGUUAGUUGGGCGAAAAUCUAUCAAUCGAAAUCUGAGGGAGAGCUUGGAUUGAAGAACGUAAAAACAUGGAAUAAAGCGUGUAUGAUUAAACUUAUUAGAAAUAUUCUUGCAGGAGAGGGAUCUUUAUGGGUAGUUUGGCUCAAAACCUACAUUUUAAAGGAGAAUGACUUGUGGCUCAUGGAAGGAGGUGUUAAUCUUAGCUGGUGCUUAAAUAGAAUUCUUAAAUUAAGAACUGAAGCACUUCUAACUCUUUCAAAGGGAACACUGAAGAUAAGGGACAUAUGGGAGGAGAUUUUGGUGAAGGGUGAUAAAGUCCCUUGGCACAAAUUGAUUUGGUUUCCUCUUCACAUUCCUAAGCAAAGUAUGAUUGCAUGGAUGACUCUCUUGGACAGACUUCCUACUCGUGAUCGGCUUCAACGAAUGGGGAUUGCUACUGUUGGAAAUUGUGAUAUAUGUAAUGAAGCGAUGGAAACAAGGGACCAUUUGUUCUUAGUGUGCCCCUUGGCUUCUUAUUUAUGGGAGGCCAUCUUGCUCCUUACCGGAUUAAAGAGAACCCCAUUGUCAUGGGAGGACAUGUUAGCUUGGGCUUGCGGAGCUUGGAAAGGUAAGUCUCUUCUCACUACUAUAUUGAAGCUUGCUUGGUGCGCUCGUAUCUAUGCCUUGUGGGAAGAACGAAAUAGAAGAAUUUUUCAAGGUUGCUCCAGAUCUGCUGAUGAUAUACUUAUAGCUAUAAAAGAGAUUGUAGGUAUCCAACUAAGAGGUAGGAAUAUAAAUAGGAUGGAUAGUGUUAAUAUUAACCUUUGUAAUUUAUGGGGUAUAGUAUAA